GCGGCGGCCGAGUAGCUUCCGGGGGCCGGGGUGCGGGCACUUCCCGGCCGAGGCUGCAGCCCGCAGCCCGGGAUCCGGCAGGGUUAAGAACCUACUGGGCGUUGCUACCACAGUCACUUAAUGGGCGUCUACCAGGGACGACUACUGUGCCAAGAACCAAAGAGACACGGGGAGUAGGAACAGUUCGGUACACUGGGUGGCAGGCUUAAAGAAACAAUCAGUAACAAACAUAUGGAAAAGUGCACACAUCCCGAGUUCCGCCAAACCGGUUUUCACAGACUUGCUUGAGUAACCUGCAUCGAGAACGAUCCUAGAUGCACUCCUGGCCAAGUGAAGCAGUCACUCUACCAAGUUCCUACCUUGUAAGUCUGGUCACACUUCACAGCUCUGGCUCGUUUCCCUGGUUAGAGACUGAGUCAUUAGAAACUAGUAGAAAAGCAGAACUUCUAGACUGGUUCAGACAGGCUCUGAAGAAGCCCAAGAAGAUGACGGUCUCCGGGGAAAGCCACCCCAGUGAAGGUUCACAGACAGCCACACAGGACGGUCCCCUACCCCAGAGCAGCAGCUCACCCACUAGCCGCAGCUCACAGCCGAGUUGCAGCUCACCCCCUAGCUACAAGUCACUCCCGAGCUGCAGUUCAGGAAUGGCUUCCACCCUGCAACCAACACAGAUGGACACCAGCUGCAGCAGUGGUCGCUGGAGCAAAGACUAUGACGUCUGCGUGUGCCACAGUGAGGAGGACCUAGAGGCUGCCCAGGAGCUGGUCUCCUACUUGGAGGGUAGCCAGGCCAGCCUACGCUGCUUCCUGCAGCUUCGGGAUGCAACCCCAGGUGGCGCCAUUGUUUCUGAGCUAUGCCAGGCACUGAGUAGUAGCCACUGCCACGUGCUACUCAUCACCCCAGGCUUCCUUCGGGACCCCUGGUGCAAGUACCAGAUGCUGCAGGCCCUAACAGAGGCCCCAGGGGCGGAGGGUUGCACCAUACCCCUGAUGUCUGGCCUGACCAGAGCCGCUUAUCCGCCGGAACUCCGAUUCAUGUACUAUGUGGAUGGCAGAGGCCGGGAUGGUGGCUUUUACCAAGUCAAGGAGGCUGUCAUACGCUAUCUGGAAACACUAAGUUGACACAAGUUUUCCUGACCAAAGUUGGAAAUAGCACACACCGGGUGCUGGAUCCCAGUAGAUACAGCUUUGGGAGCCAGAGCCAGCUGCACUCUGUACACCACACAGGAUCAGAUUGCUACCAGCUUCCAUUACUGUGGGCUCCACAGGAAGGCUGGGCAGAAGAUGGGGACCCCCCCCCCACAAGAAGACCAGGAGGAAGAUGGGGACUCCCCAAGAAGGGCAGGAGGAAGCCAGGGACUCCCCCAGGAAGGCAAUGAGGAAGUCAAAGUUUGGAGUUGUCAAGAGAUUGUGGUAUCAGGAGGGUCAGCAGUGUCUUGCCUGCUACUUAACUGGACAGGAAACUGACACCCAGCCGUCUCCCAUCUCCCUACCCUCUAACCCCAAUCAGGCACUGGGGUAAACAGUUACCACUCCUCACGAGGGGUGAGCCUGACUGAUGAAGCAGAAGUCGGUGCUCCUUCCAGAUGCCUAGGGAAGCCGGGAAGAGGCAGCAGGUAUCAGUUCCUUCACACUCACACUACUGUAGUUCUGUCCCAGAGGCGUCAACUCACUUCCACAACACUGGAUGAAAGGCCCCUCCAGCCCCACACUGAGUCUCACUUACUGAACAAAUGUCAUUUGAAAUGCAAACCUAGCCAGGUCAUUGGUUGGUAUAUGCCUUUAGGAGGUGGGUGCAGGCAGAUCUCUGUGAGUUAGAGGCCAGCUUGGUCUCCAAAGCAAGUUUCAGAACAGCCAGAGCUGUUACACAGAGAAACUCUGUCUCGGAGAAAAAAAAAAAAAAAGCAAACCUGGGGUCUGGAGAGAUGACUCAGUGGUUAAGAACUCUUGUUGCCUUUACAUAGGAUCCAUGUUCAAUUCCCAGUAUUCACAUAGUGGCUCACAACCACUUAUCUAUAACUCUACUUCCAGGGGAAUCUAAUGCCUUCUCUGACCAGGACCUCCUUGGGCAUGGGGCACACAUAUGGAACACAUGCAUUCAUGUAGGCAAAACAAUCAUACAUAUAAAUCUUUCUUUAAUAUUAGAAAUGCAAAUCUAGGGCUCUAGGUGGAGUUGGUGGUAGAACGUUUGCUUAGCACGUAUGAGGGUUUGGGUUUGACCUCCAGUACCAUCAAAAUGAAAAAGAAAACAAACUUGGAAGCCAUUCUGAAUACAUGAACAAGUGAAGAAGGGAGAAGGAAAGGUGGGGUGUGGGGCUCAGCUUCUUCACCUGGACCAUUUGGGACACCACAUAGGAUCCCCUCAGACAUCUGCUAGAGCCCAUGCUUCAUAGCCCCUGCCUUUAUAUUGAGCUGAGAAGAACCAAUGUUCUCAGUCUAGCACCAGUGUAUAUUCCCAGGGAGAGGUAAGGAGUCACCUAUGUUCUCAAUAAGAACAGAAACGUGGUCAAUUGUCAUGGUCUCCCCUGGUGUGUACCUUGAGCCUCUUCUUUGUGCCAUGUCCCUUUACUGGAAACAAGUUAUUUUUUGUUUUUUGUUUUUUGGGGGGUUUUGUUUUUUGUUUGUUUUUCAAGACAGGGUUUCUCUUUGUAGCUUUGAAGCCUAUCCUGGCACUUGCUCUGUAGACUAUGCUGGUCUUGAACUCACAUAGAUCCACCUGCCUCUGCCUCCUGAGUGCUGGGAUUAAAGGUAUUUGCCACCAAUGCCUGGCUGAAAACAAAUUAUUUUUAAAUUAUGACUCUUUUGGAUUAUGAAGGAUACUAUACCAUACUCGUGCACCUCCCACCUUAAUAUAAAAAAUACAAUAAGAAAACCUUAUUCCCAA